CUCUAUUGUCUAUUUACAAGCACGGUAGUCGGGUUUUUAUUUCUAUCCGUGAAGUUUUUUUCUAGUCAACUUGGGUUUACAAAUUCCAAAUUAAUUCAUAAUUGGUCCACCAAUUAUCGCCCAAAUUAUUUUAUGUCAUGGACAAAGUGCAGGAGUCAGUGGGGAAGUUGGGUGAGUUGGUGUCAUCCGUGAAACGGGAUUACGUAACAUGGAUCGUGAAACAUCCAAGCCGAGCUAGUGACACUGAGUCUGGCAUCAAAUUGGUAUCUUAUCUCCUUCACGGUCGUCUCAAACAGUCCUCCACCAUCCUCCCCGAACUGUUGUAUUGCAGUGCGAACAUUCUCUCUUUUUGGCAUGACCGUCUCAUCCAGAAGCACCGAGAGCAGCAACAGGAGUCAUCAUCGUCAUCGAAUGGCAAUGGAGUCGUCAACGGUCGUCACACUAAUGGUGUCAUAAUUGGAGGAGGAGGGGUCUCCUCUCCUUUACCAGCGGAGGAUGGUCCUGCCCGCUCUGCGGAGUUACAUUCCAGGCAGAGGGAGGGACGUGAACGCCACAUUCAGCGGAUUCGAACCAUGCUCACGGUCAUCGACUAUUUGGAAGUUUUCCUGGAAGUUAGCGCGAGACAGUUGUGGGGGGAUGUUGGUCGUUGGGUGGUUAUCAUCAUGAUUCAGUCGAUCAAGACCGGUUUGAGGGCUGCAUUGUUGCUUCAUUUUAAAGUGGGUCUUAUCGGCUCGUCCACCCUGUACCAGAGACGAUCCAGUCGUAAAACGUUGACCCAGAUGCAUCCUAAUGUGACAUUUGUUUUGAAACAUUCUGGGAGGACUGUAAGGAAGAUAAAUUCAGCUCCACCCGUCAGAUCACGAGAUUGGACUGGCCCAAUAACCACAGAUUCAAUAAGCACUCCGCAAGAAUUGACCGGAGUUCGAAAGAUUGCAGAAAUGAUGCAUUUACUUCGCCCAGUGACUCACCUGGCUUGCAUGGGAUUGUGGGGAACCAGGUCAUGGAAACCAUGGGUGGUCAGUUUCGCCAUGGACAUUGCUAGUCUCCGACUUCAUAGUAAUUCCAGAACCUUGAAGAGAGAGGAGAAGCAAGAAUUGACGCGAAGAACGUAUGCCCUGUGUUACUACUUGAUGAGGUCGCCAUUCUAUGACACCUGCACCAAGAAACGCCUUCUCGGCAUCCUGGUCAUGUUCUCUGAAAGAAUCCCUCUGCUCGGAAACAUUGCCGGAAUUCUUGCUCAAGCCAUUCCCGAGUGGCAAAACACUUAUUCAUACAUGUGGACGGACUACUAAUAACUUGUUCGGCUGUCUUUCUCUCAACGAUAAUAACUUCUUACCUUUAUACUUUUUUUGUGUUCCGGUUAAAUAGUAAUUACGCUUAUUUUGUUACCAAAUGGGUUUCAAUUUAGUCAUAUCACAUGCAUCAAUGCAUUUUUUGUGUUUUACCAGGUUGCCAUAAUGUACUUAAUAGUGCCCAAGCAGAUUGAUGUAACUUCAUGUAAGAAAUUGAAACAAAAUUGUUCGUUUUAUUUAAUAAAAACUUCGCACAUUCAUCGGA